AUGGAUAAAAAAUGUGGAGUAACAACUACACGUCGCAUUGUCGGCGGAAAAGUUGCAGCCGUUAAUGAGCUUCCUUGGUUGACUUUGAUUACUUACAACAACACAAUUCAGUGCGGAGGAACUUUGAUCAAUGAUCGCUAUGUUCUAACAGCUGCUCACUGUAUUCGUGGUUUUGAUCGGCAAUUAUUCGAGUUAAAAUUUUUAGAAUACAACACCGCGAGUUCCAUGGACACUGUUUCGGUUCGGAGAAAGAUUUCACGAGUACAUUCUUUGAAAACGUAUAUACCCAAAACAAGUGACGAUGACAUAGCUAUUUUGAAACUUUCAAAACCUAUUGAUUUUGACACUACAACAGUUCGUCCAAUUUGCCUACCGCCUCAAGGAUUGGAUCUUACCGGGGAAACUGGAACAAUUUCUGGCUGGGGAACUGCUGCUGCUACAGAAGAGGAAAAUUCAACUAUCGCACUUCAAACAACCGAAGUGCCAAUUCUAAGCAAUGACCAAUGUCUUUUGGUUGGGAUGAAAUUAACAGAUAAUAUGGUUUGUGCUGGACGUUUGCUGGAUGGAGAAAUCAAUGCAUGCCAAGGAGAAAGUGGUGGUCCUCUUAUGGUCAUGGACAAGAAACGACAUUUAUUAGCAGGUGUAAUAUCAUGGGGAGAUGGGUGUGCUAAGCCACUUAAGCCCGGUAUUUAUGCUCGCGUAACCAGAUACUUGCCAUGGAUUAACAAGCACACAAAGGGCUCCUUUUAUGAAUCAUGA